AUGGCUGAUCCCGUAGCAGAAGAACGCGUGUCGCAAGUUAGUGAACUCUGCUGUGAAUGUGGUCAGAUCCAUCUCUUGCUGGACAAUCAUCUCUACAACUUUCAGGAAGAAGUGGAUGAUGAACUCAUCUGCCACAUCUGCCUUCAGCCUCUGCUCCAACCCAUGGACACCCCCUGUGGACAUACGUACUGUUUCAAGUGCCUUGAAAACUUCAUGCAGGAGUAUAACUUUUGUCCUAUGGAUCGGAAAAAGCUCUCUUUCCAGCAGUGCCACAAGUCCAGCCUUCUAGUACGAAACCUGUUGGAUAAGCUGAUUGUCUUCUGUCCUUUCAAGGCAGAGUGCCAGCAGACAAUGCAGCGGUGUGAACUAGAAGCUCAUCUGCAGAACAGGUGUCCUGGUUUCAAGAAAUACAAAUCUGAGCUGCAGCGGAAAAAGAAUCCCAUUUCUAAAGGGAAGGAAGAUCCCCCUACCAAGGUGGAGACAAACACACCUAAGGAUCCAGAGGCACCAAGCGGAGGAUCAUCACUUGUGGCAGAAAGCUCUGCAGCUGCUGUGGUAUCGCUAGGGACUGCAGAGCCUGGACUGGUUAAUCCAGCUUUUGAGGAGGCUGAAGAAGACCUUCCUCAGAGAUCUAGUCUUGUGGCUGAAACAACCACCAUUGAAAUUCACCGAGAAGACUCGGAGGAAGAGCUGGGGAUGAGGAUAGUUGGGGGCAAAGACACCCCACUAGGAAACAUUGUUGUCCAGGAAGUCUUGCGGGAUUCUGUCAUUGCUGCAGAUGGAAGAAUAGCACCUGGGGACCAUAUUCUUGAGGUGAAUGGCGUCAACAUCAGCAGUGUGACUCACUGUCAAGCCGUCUCCUUCCUGCGCCACCCAGGUCCUGUUCUCCACCUCAUGGUCCUGCAGGAGAAGGGCUUUUCCAACAAGACUGCACAGCAGGAUUCCACUUCUGCUACAAAUCGGGAAGUGAUCCACGUUACCUUGAUAAAGAGAGACCGAUCUGAACCCUUGGGAAUCAAACUGAUCAGGAAGACCGAUGAGGCAGGGAUUUUUAUUCUAGAUCUCUUAGAGGGAGGCUUGGCAGCCAAAAAUGGAAAACUGAGUCGGAAUGACAGAGUUCUGUCAAUAAAUGGCCAGGAUUUGAGGCAAGGAACACCUGAGGCUGCUGCGCAGAUAAUUCAGACCACUGAAUCAAGAGUGAACUUUGUCGUCCUGAGGCAGCCAGGCGUACAGCUGUCGGACCCAGUAGAAGACAGCAGCACAUCAAAUAGCAGCAGCAGCAGCAAUGGAGGAAGCCCGGUGCACCAUCGGAGACGACUAGACCAGAAUCACUAUAGAAGAAAAUCUAACUACCAGAAGGAUUUACCUCAGGGAUACGUAAGCCACGAAAAGACAGUUGCAAUAAAAAAGGAACCAAAGGAAUCUUUAGGAAUAACAAUUGGAGGUGGAAGGGACAAUAAAAACAAGCUGCCUAUAUAUGUAACGAGUGUGCAGCCCAUCGGAUGCCUCUUCAGGGAUGGCAGAAUCAAGCGAGGAGAUGUGCUUUUGAGUAUAAAUGGCAUUGAUCUGACUCAUCUGAACUACUAUGAAGCUGUCUCAGCACUGAAAUCAAAUGCAGCUUCCCACUCAGUCGUCCUGAAAGCCUUGGAAAUCAUUUCACUGAACUCGACAGAGCCAUCUCUGGACAUCAAGGAGCAAGGCUUCAGCUGGUCUCCCCUCUGGAUCACGUGGCUCGGAUUGCCUAGCUACCUUCACUGCUGUCAAGAUAUCGUCCUCAGUAAAGGCAACCUGGAAAGCUGGGGCUUCAGCAUUGUUGGAGGCUUUGAGGAAAGCAAGGGAAACCAACCGUUCUUCAUCAAAACCAUAGUGCCUGGGACUCCCGCCUUCCGAGACAGGAAACUGAAGUGUGGAGAUGAAAUAGUGGCAGUAAAUGGCGUGCCAGCGAUAGGAAUGAGCAACUCGGAACUAAUCCCAAUGCUGAAGGAACAAAGGAACAAAGUCACGCUUACUGUGGUGUCCUGGCCGGGAAGCCUCGUGUGAAAGCUCCAACA